AUGCUGGUGAGGGGCGUAGACACGGCUCUCAUCGGGAUAAUCCUGUGCAUAACGCCUGCCCUCGGUACGCUUUCGCUGACGACCUUGGAUUCACCAUUGUAUUACGAACAAGACAAGAACAACGCUGUUUGGGCCGAAGUCGAAAAUCUUUUCGAGCUCAUAUCCAGGCACGUGAGUUUGUCAGAUUGCUUCCAGGGCCUCUCUAGCCUGACACGGUUGUCAACAAAUGGACGCGCACCAUCAAGCUGGCUGAGUUUACCCCGGCUUGAAGCCGCGAGGUUCGACCUGUUCGAAGACCCUCUGGCGACCAUAGACUAUGCCAAUACGAUGACAUCACAUAUCACACCUGGUGCAACAGUUUCUACGACUUUGACCCGUCUGGUCAUCCAACCGGAGUUCGAAUCGCUCUACUGCUAUGAAGCCACUCACAUGGAGGGUGUGUACGGUCAAUUCAGAAGCGUUGUUAGCGGUCUUCCAAACUUGACCCACCUCUUCAUUCUGUACCGCGCUGUUGUCGACCCAUACGACGAAUUCCGACUCCCCCACCUUCCACGAGGAUCUUUCGCGCAUAUUGUCUCGCAUCUGAAGAGCUGCAGUUUGACAGAUCUAACUCUGGACGUUGAGCCCGCGCUCAAGGAUUUGGUCAGGUACAUUGCGAUGAUAGAGUAUAUCCACGAUACAACUCCGAUGACCACGUUUGCUGGAUUACCUAAACUUCGCAGUCUUAAUGCCCCACAAGACGCUUUCUUCUCUGCCAAGUACGGGACAUUCCGAACUUGUCGUCUACCUACCACGAUCGAGAAGAUCGGUAUCAUGGAUUCGACGUACGAGACCAAGCGCUACCUCAAGCAUCUUCUAGAUCGCCAGACAGAAUGGCCAAACUUGAAGACUAUCAAGCUUGGGGAGAGUCCGUGCAACGACCAGUCCGUACAUCCAGAUGAGAGCGAUGACGACGCUAGCGAAAGCGACGCAGGAGAGCGGCGGAAACUCUCCGAGGUUGAUGACUCAAUCUACGAACAGGCUCGGAGCCGUGAUUUGAGGGUGGAGAAGGUGCAGGAUAGAACUGCAUGGAAGAAGGGAUGGGAAGGUCUGGGUCUGUGA